GGCGCUUACUGCUGUUUAUUGUCUCGAAGGAGGUCGUUGGGCCGCACCAAGCACAGUGGGAUGUAGACGAGAAGGUCCUGACCUACCGGGACGUUGAUUUGCAUAUGGAUCACGUGCCGCGGCUCUUACUCUCCGACUUCCAGCAGGCCCAGCACCUACUCUACGACGAGCUAAUGUUCGGGGCCCAGAACCUCCCGCGGAUGCGUACUUGGGCUUUAAAGGACAACUUAGACGCCGAUGCCUUUGGCUAGUUCUUUGGCCAGCACCAGGAGAACGUUAAGCUAGUAAAGCCGCUAGCGAGGUCUUUGCUAACCGUUAUCCAAGACUCGAAGCCGUUGCGGGACUCGUUCCUGGAUGCCACUGCAGAUGGCGCUAAGGUCUGGCGAGGGAAGGCGAUUGAGCAGUAUAAGGCUGUAGCUAACGAGUUCCUGAAAAGGCUCUUAGUCUUAAUCCACAUGGGUUCUGGCCAGCCUCUGCGCGAGAGUGAACUGUUCUCCGUCACCUGGCGUAACACCCAGCGGCGGCGAAACGUCUACCUCAAGCACGGGCUAGUUAUGCUGCACACCACAUACCACAAAGGUCAGCAGCAGACGGGCAAGUUUAAGGAUAAUAUCCGGUUCUUACCUGCACCCGUUGGAGACCUCUUGCUCGACUACUUGGUGGUUGUCAUCCCACUCCGCCAAGUCUUCCUCCGCUAGUCUGCCCCGCAUACCAUUAUCUCUCCGUACUUGUAGUGGUAAGACGGGAAGGUCUGGGCUAACAACCGGCUUACGCGGUGCAUGGAGCAGGCAUAUAGUCGGGCUAGCAUCCCUAGGCUACACAUAGCCAACUAGCGGCAGAUGAUAGUUAAUAUCGUUAAAACUAAGUUUGCAG